AUGGCUGGCUUAGUUCCCGAGGCGCGGCAGAGGAGGGCCCGCGACGCGAUCGGGCGCCGGGUGCCAAACCCCUGCGCCGCGCGCGUGCAUGGCAGCGUGGGUAUGGGCUCGUUGCUAGACCUUGUUAUCGACGCGAGCCACCGGUCUUUCGCCGCAGCAGUUCAGUGCCGAGCCCUUGGAGUGCUACGACCGCGUCCACCAGGAGAGGUCAUCUCUAUACACCAAGAUUGGGUCGAAAGGUUACGUGAGUGCGGUCUACUGACUCUGGGCCGUCUUGUGGAGGGUGGGAUUGUGAAGCUUGACCGAUCCCUCAUGACGGCGCUAGUGGAUAGAUGGAGGCCGGAGACUCACACGUUCCACCUCCCAUGUGGGGAGCUGACUCCGACGCUGCAGGACGUGGCCUACCUACUGGGUCUCCCUAUCGUCGGUGAUGCCGUAGGUCCGCGUGUGGUGCCGGCUUCGUGGAAGGAUGACCUGGAGGAGCGCUUUGCUCCGGUACAGCGCGUGGCAGCAGCAGGACCGAUCAACCCGCACCCGCGAGCCGCAGGUCCUUCGAAGACCUGGUUGCUACAGUUUACACUUUGGCCGUACGAGAGGAUAGCGGUUGGUCGCCCUAUUGUGAGCCAGGAGCCAUACCAUGACAUCUUGUACGACGACGACGAGGAGGGUUGGCCCGCGAUGGGUACCCUCUGGAACUGGCGUCAGGUUGUCGAGGAGUGGCAUGCCGUGCUCAGCCGUUUGGCUCACCACGAUGCAGCCGUGGUUGGAGCAAUGGGACGAUGCAUAUGA